AGAGACGCAUACACACACUCAGUGUGCACAAACAUAGCAAAGGAGAGCGGAUCUCAAAGCUCUUUACACAGAAGCUACUGUACCAGCAAUCAAAAGGAUAAAAGCUCCCCCGGGGAUUGGCACAAACACUGACCGACCUAGAGGCUCCUCCACUCGGAUUGCAGUCUGGACAUGCACCGAUGGCAUUGCUCCUAACUUUUGGAUAUUGAACCCAAGCAAGAAUAAAAGGUCAUCUAUCUCACAGAAGGGGGUAUCGUUUUCUACUAGGAAUAAAAUGACAAUAUUUUAUUCCGAAAACAAGAAUGGCAAGCAUUUCAGCUUGUAAUUCCAUGGAUAUUGAGCAUCGUAUUUGCUUUUGCGGUUUUUGAAGAAAUACCUGUUUAUACUAUUAUUAUUUGAAAACGUCACAUAUUUGACUAUUGCUGGAAUUAACUCGUUUUGGAGAAAAAAUAAAGCAUCUACCCAGAGAAAGUUGUUUUCCACCGCAUUAUUUUGGGACAAAAAAAGUCUAUACUAACAAUUUCGUGGGAACAUUUGUAAAACCAGGGGUCACUUAUGAAAAUAAGCCUGGGGCUGGUUAAAAACCGUAUUGGAUUUUCUUUGCUUUUUAUUACAUAAUAUCUGAAAAACAAAAAACAAAACAAAAAAACACCUUACUUCUCGAUUCUGGGAUUUUGUUUGUUGGUUUCUGUGACCCAAACUUCUUUCCCCUCUGAAAUCUUUACUUAGAGAGAGUGCUGUAACCCAGCUUGCUGUUUCGAAACCGUGUGAUACUGUAAAGCGCGAAACGUUUUUUUAAAGAGUUUUUUGUGCUUUUGAUUUGGAUGUAGGUUCGUUUUUUUUAUUUUUUUUUACUGGGCAACACGGAUCUAUAGAAGAACAUUUCAUUCCAGGCUGCAAUCCCACGCCAGCCCCUGUCACCCAGUCUAGACAAUUUGUCGUGACUUUGAGUCCAAGUGUAACCAUGGCGACCAUCAGAAGCCCUAUUUGAAUUUUGGAGAAAAAGAGUAAAAAGCAAGCGAGAGGAGAGAGAGAGAGAGAGAGAGAGAGAGAGAGAGAGAGAGAGGGGUUUUUUUUAUUCAGCGGUGGUAGGAGCCUAAUUGGUUUGCAGACCCCACUAUAUCAGGAGCCUGGGACAGUGGAAAAAGUUGGACGCGCACAGCGAGUCUUGUGGUCCCUAAAAAGAAAGACUUCAAGUCCAUGUCAUUCAAACCCGCAGCGAUCUAUUAACAGUAUCGUCUUGCCUCGGCUUUGACUAUACCUAUUUAUGAAAUCUCCCGGCUCCACAUUUCAGAGUGUAUAGAAUCUGCAGAAAAUAAAUCAAUACAUCCUCGCGCAAAAAAAAUAAAUAAACAGUUUUUUUUUGUUUGUUUGUUUAGUUAUUUUAACAUGGGUUUUUCACAAGCGCUUCUCAUCUGCGCUUUGGUCUCCUUCCAUUCAGGCGCCUGUCAGCCCUAUCUCCGGCUCCGACCUUCCCCUAGUGAUAAGCUGCCGGUCAUCGAUAUUAUCGAGCACCCCGACCCGGAGUACGACCCCCGGGAGCAGGACCUCAAUGACAGGACUCUGAGGAAAAAACUGGGGAGUAACUUUGACCCCAACUUUAUGUCCAUCAGCACUCCUGUCCAGGUCAACCUGUCCAUACAAGACAUACACCCAAAGCUCAGGAUUGCGGGACCGAUGCCUAACGACAUUAAGAAGCUGGACCUUUCUGAAACCCCGUACGGGACGCGGGUGAAAAUUGGCAAGAAAGCGCGAAGGAAAUUCCUGCAGUGGCUGUGGACGUACACUCACUGCCCCGUGGUCUACACCUGGAAGGACCUAGGGCUCCGGUUUUGGCCUCGCUACAUCAAGGAAGGGAAUUGCUUAAAUGAACGCUCUUGUUCUUUCCCAGAGGGGAUGUUUUGUAAACCAGUCAAGUCAGUUACCAAGACUUUCCUCCGGUGGUACUGUCAAGGAUUCUUAAGACAAAAAUACUGUACGUGGAUACCUGUUCAAUAUCCAAUCAUUUCAGAAUGCAAGUGUUCAUGUUGAUUUCUUAUUUUCUUUCGGGGGGGGGGGG